UUUUAAAAGCAACGUGCAUGCUAUCAUCAUAAUAUGUUUAAAAUCUUAUUUUGUGUAUAUUUUAUACAUAUUUUACUGCCGUCAUCUUCUGCUUAUCAGGUGCCCGCUGCUCAGAUCAAGCUGCUUCAACCGAGAGGCUUCUCAGUUUCCAUACCAGAUGAACAAGGCAUAACGCUGUUUGCUUUCCAUGGUAAAUUAAAUGAGGAAAUGAAUGGACUCGAAGCUGGCACUUGGUCUCAAGAUAUUACUAAAUCGAUUAAUGGUUGGUGGACGUUCUAUGACAUGAAUGCAGAGUUAAAACCGGGAGACGUGCUUUAUUUUUGGACGUAUGUUCUUAAAGAUGGUUUAGGUUACCGACGCGAUAAUGGCGUUUUUACAGUUUAAAAGAGCAGCAAGGGAAUCUAGUGUAUAAAUAAAUAUACUUUGCUUUCAUAGAAAAAUAUUUUUGUUUGGAAA